AUGUCCUCCAAUGAAUCCACGCCCUCUCCCACCAUGGCUUCCACCUCUCUUACAGAGACUAUUCCGAUGCGUGUGCCGCAAACUGUCCCUAGCGAAUCUGUGCAGAACGUCGAAGAAGAGGCCGUCAAGGCCUCUAUUCCUGAGGCUUCAAGCGGGAGAAAUGACGGAUCUGUCAACAAGGUGAAAGAAGAGGUCACCGAUGAAGACGAAGACGAGAGUGAGAGUGAGAGUGAGAGUGAGAGUGAUGAUGAGCCUCCAGUCUGGAAAGGGGGUAUGGCACGUGGGAGGAUCAUUAGGCCCACCAGAGAAAGCGUCGGUGCAAAGCCCGGGGCAACCGUGAAGGGAGGAAAUGGAGAUGGCACCAAUAAGCCUCCGAAAGGAUCCUAG